AUGGUAGAUAGUGUGCCUCGAUGGAUUUUUAUAUUAUACUUAGCAAUCCAUGGUAGAUUACAAACCAAAGAUAGAGUGGCCAGAUGGAAUGAAAUAGAAGAUCUAUCCUGUCCACUAUGUGCUGGCCAAUCCGAGACACUAGAGCAUUUGUUUUUUCUCUGUCCAGUGUCAGGAGAGAUUUGGAGAAGAGUAUUACGUUGGCAAGGGAUUACGAGGAUUCCAACAACGUGGUGUGAUGAAGUAAACUGGGCUAUGAACAACGCAAAGGGGAAUUCAGUUGAGGCACACAUUUAUAAGAUGACUCUGGCAGCUGGUGUGUAUUUGAUAUGGAAAGAGAGAAACCUAAGGCACUUUCAGCAUAAAAGCAACAGCAUCAGCACUUUGACUGCUACAAUUGUGCAAGAGGGAGUAGCACCAGGGUCAUGGGGCAGUUGUCCAUACCUUGGUUAG